GACUUUGCGGACCAACGCUUUCCAGGCGCUCUCCAUGUGCUCGUGCCUCGCAGCGGAGAUGCGCGCCUUCCACUGGGGGGAACACUUGCGGUGCCCGUGGUCAAAGCAGUUCAUAGAGACCUGGUGCCAGGACGGGAUCUGGGCAGUCUUAGCGAUGGUCGAUCUUCGCGUCACUGUGAUCAUGGCCCUCUUCGACACGUCGGCAUUAGAAGCCAAGCACGCUGCAGUGCGCAGAGCAAUCGACGGGCCCAGCAACCAGACACAUGCCCCCGAAGUGGAUGUCAUUGCUGCAAUGGAGGUGCUGAGGUUGUUUCGGAAGCAUGCCACGCGUUUAAAACCAUUAUUGUUUCCAGACCAUGCUGAUGGCGACCGCGACCAGCCUGACGGCGCCGACCAUGCCGUGAAAGCUGGGGGCGCCUCGAGCCGCAAGGGCGGCGGCGGGGUCCCGUGGCGCUGCUACGUGGCGGACAACCCUGACAUUUGCGACCUCGGGCUUCUCGCAACUAUGCACUGGGGUCUGUCCGAUGCUGAGCGCGCUGACUUUGCGGAGAGGGGGCGCGAUGGCACUCUCCGACGAAGGAAGGGCAAGGGGGGCUUCCACGGCAAAGCUCGGGACCACGAGCGCUGCGCGAAGAGGCAGCGGACUGACAGCGAGAUCGAAUGCAGGAUGCGCCAGAGAGCUCUCGAGGACGAGCCCCCCCGAGCGCCCGAGGCGCUGCAGCCGCUUGUUCCUGGCAUCAACGGGUGGGACAUGGUGGAAGCGCUGAAGCAGAGAUACCGCGCCGAUGGGGGCCUUGAACA